AUGACUGUCUCUAAGGAGGGCAGCGCAGUGCUUCAGAACAAGCAGAUAAAGAAGCGAGGAGACCCUGGCAAGUUCGUCCUCUCUAUCCAGAUUGGGAAGACAGUUUUCUCAUGCUCCUUGGUUGAUCUGGGAUCCAGCGUAAACCUCAUGCCCUACUCUGUAGCACGACAUCUGGGAUACACGCAUUUCAAACCAACUAGGAUGUCCUUGGUGUUCGCGGAUGGAUCAGUUAAGUCCCCGGUUGGUAUUCUAGAAGAUCUCCAAGUAAAAGUCGGGAACACCUCUGUUCCAGCAGACUUCGUAGUUCUAGAGCUGGAAGAGGAAUCCAAAGAUCCUCUCAUUUUAGGAAGACCAUUCCUAUGUACUGUUGGAGCCAUCAUUGAUGUGCGGCAAGGGAAGAUUGAUCUCCAUCUGGGGGACAUAGUCAUGCAGUUCGAGAUGGAUGAGCUGCUGAAGAAGCCGAUGCUGGAUGGACAGACCUUCGAGGUGGAUGAAGGGAUUGAUCCGCUGCAACCUCGCGAAGGGAUGAUCGAGGAGAUUCUUACAGAAGAUCCACUGGAGCUUGCACUAGUAAGAGCUGAGGCUGAACAGAGUGUCGAGAACAUUGAUGCAGAUGGGUAUGCUAAGAUGCUUGACUCCGCAAGGAGUAUGGGAAGAAUGGUUGCGACUCUAAGUCUGGGGGAAGAGAGCAACAAGGACGAGAACACUCCAACUGGAGCGACCCCUUUACCGAACUCGCCUGUUCCGCCGAACCUACCCAAUGAUCAUUGGAGCGAGUUGAAAGCUCCCAAGGUUGAGCUAAAACCCCUUCCCAAGGGGCUCGGGUACGCUUUCUUAGGUCUGAAUUCCACUUACCCUGUCAUUGUGAACGCUGAACUCAAAAAUGUGGAACUGCAUUGCUUUUGUGUGAGUUUAGGAAGUAUCGUAAGGCACUAG